CUCUCAGCAGCAGCAGCAUCCAGGCAGCAUGAGGACAACUGCUCUGGUAUACCUGGCCGCAGUGCUCCUGUCGUCAGCAUGGGCAGGCGACACGAGCGCUGGUGAGGCGCCAGCCAAGAAGGACAAGCGGGGGAUCUUCACCGGCGAACACAGCUACAUCGGGGGAGGAGGCAUCGGCCUGGGCAGCAGCUACGGAGGACUGUCUGGGGGUCUGUCCAGCGGCAUCGGCGGAGGUUUGUCCAGCUACGGCGGGUCCUACGGCUACGGCGGUGGCUACGGAGGAGGUUACGGCUACGGUGGCGGCUACGGAGGCGGCUACGGAGGCGGCUACGGAGGCGGCUAUGGUGGAGGAAUCGGACUGUCGUCCGGGUCCAUCGGCCUCGGCUCCGGAGGAAUCGGCUUGAGCUCUGGCGGAAUUGGCCUCGGCUCCGGAAUUGGACUCGGCUCCGGAAUUGGACUCGGCUCUGGAAUUGGACUCGGCGCCGGUGGUCUCGGUGGUGGAGCUGGGGGAAUCGGACUGGGAUCGGGCGGUAUUGCCUCUGUCGCUGUCGCCCCAACGCAGACCGUCGUGCAGACCGUGAGGGUACCGCAGCCGGUCCCCGUCCCAGUGACUGUCAACCGCCCGUACCCUGUGCCGCAGCCGGUACCUGUCCCGGUAAACCGCCCUGUGCCCGUUCCCCAGCCGUACCCCGUGAGAGUUCCCCACCCCGUCCCGGUCUCCGUGCCCCGACCCUACCCCGUGGAAGUGCCCCGCCCCGUGCCCGUGCCCGUUAACAGGCCCGUCCCCGUCCCCGUGCCCCAGCCUUACCCGGUCCGCGUUCCCCACCCCGUCCCCGUUGGAGUCCCCCAGCCCUACCCUGUCCGUGUGCCCGUCCCCCACCCCGUUCCCGUGCCAGUCUCGACCGGAAUCUCCAGCAUCGGAAUCGGUAGUGGAAUCUCCUCUGGCGGUAUUAUCUCUGGAGGUGGUCUCGGAGGAGGGCUCGGUGGAGGUCUCGGAGGAGGACUGGGAGGCGGCAGCAUCAUCUCCUCCGGCUCCCUGGGCGGUGGUCUGAUCGGUGGAGGGUACGGCGGAGGAUACGGCGGUUCGUACGGAUACGGCGGAUCCUACGGGUACGGCGGCUCGUCUGGUGGACUGAUCUCUUCGGGGCUCUCGGGAGGAGUCCUGAAGGGAACCUACGUCCCCAGCAUCUCCGAAGGCCUCAGCGGCGGCAGCUUGUACUCUGGUAGCCUCUCCUCCAGCUACGGAGGUGGUUAUGGCGGUGGCUACAAGAGCUACUACAAUUUGUCUUGGAUGACAGUAGUUUCCACCUCUGGAGAGGCAGAUGACGACUGGGGGUAUAUAUACUGGUGGGCUCGCCGUCCAGAAUCAUCAGUUGGGUUCCUCUCUCUGCAGCAGCAGCAUCCAGGCAGCAUGAGGACAACUGCUCUGGUAUACCUGGCCGCAGUGCUCCUGUCGUCGGCAUGGGCAGGCGACACGAGCGCUGGUGAGGCGCCAGCCAAGAAGGACAAGCGGGGGAUCUUCACCGGCGAACACAGCUACAUCGGGGGAGGAGGCAUCGGCCUGGGCAGCAGCUACGGAGGACUGUCUGGGGGUCUGUCCAGCGGCAUCGGCGGAGGUUUGUCCAGCUACGGCGGGUCCUACGGCUACGGCGGUGGCUACGGAGGAGGUUACGGCUACGGCGGCGGCUACGGCGGCGGCUACGGUGGAGGAAUCGGACUGUCGUCCGGAUCCAUCGGCCUCGGCUCCGGAGGAAUCGGCUUGAGCUCUGGCGGAAUUGGCCUCGGCUCCGGAAUUGGACUCGGCUCCGGAAUUGGACUCGGCUCCGGAAUUGGACUCGGCUCCGGUGGUCUCGGAGGUGGAGCCGGAGGAAUUGGACUGGGAUCGGGCGGUAUUGCCUCUGUCGCUGUCGCCCCUACGCAGACCGUCGUGCAGACCGUGAGGGUACCGCAGCCGGUCCCCGUCCCGGUGACUGUCAACCGCCCGUACCCUGUGCCGCAGCCGGUACCUGUCCCGGUAAACCGCCCUGUGCCCGUUCCCCAGCCGUACCCCGUGAGAGUUCCCCACCCCGUCCCGGUCUCCGUGCCCCGACCCUACCCCGUGGAAGUACCCCGCCCCGUGCCCGUGCCCGUUAACAGGCCCGUCCCCGUCCCCGUGCCCCAGCCCUACCCGGUCCGCGUCCCGCACCCCGUCCCUGUCGGAGUCCCCCAGCCAUACCCGGUCCGUGUGCCCGUCCCCCACCCCGUUCCCGUGCCAGUCUCGACCGGAAUCUCCAGCAUCGGAAUCGGUAGUGGAAUCUCCUCUGGCAGCAUUAUCUCUGGAGGUGGUCUCGGAGGAGGGCUCGGAGGAGGUCUCGGAGGAGGACUGGGAGGUGGCAGCAUCAUCUCCUCCGGCUCCCUGGGCGGUGGUCUGAUCGGUGGAGGGUACGGUGGAGGAUACGGCGGUUCGUACGGAUACGGCGGAUCCUACGGAUACGGCGGCUCGUCUGGUGGACUGAUCUCUUCGGGGCUCUCGGGAGGAGUCCUGAAGGGAACCUACGUCCCCAGCAUCGCCGGCGGCCUCAGCGGCGGCAGCUUGUACUCUGGUAGCCUCUCCUCCAGCUACGGAGGUGGUUACGGCGGUGGCUACAAGAGCUACUACAAGCACUAG